AUGUCUGAUGCCGCUGCUCCCCCCGCAGACGCCCCUGCGCCUGUUGAGCACCUCAACAUCAAGGUCACCGACAACAACAACGAAGUCUUCUUCAAGAUCAAGCGAUCGACUACCCUGAAAAAGCUCAUGGAUGCGUUCUGUGACCGUCAAGGAAAGCAGCCUCAAACAGUCCGUUUUCUCUUUGAUGGAACACGCGUACGUCCAGAAGAUACGCCAGACACGCUCGACAUGGCCGACGGAGACACCCUCGAAGUUCACCAAGAACAGAUCGGCGGCUAG